UCACCACCGACAUCACCAUCACCGAUAUCACCAUCACCGAUAUCAUCAUUACCGAUAUCAUCAUCACCAUCACCGAUAUCAUCAUCACCGAUAUCAUCUGCGAUAUUAUCAUCAUCGAUAUCAUCAGCAUCGAUAUCAUCAUCUGCCAUAUUAUCAUCAUCGAUAUCAUCAACGAUAUCACCAUCGAUAUCAUCAUCGAUAUCAUCAUCACCGAUAUCAUCAUCGAUAUCAUCAUCGAUAUCAUCACCGACACCAUCACCGAUACCAUCAUCACCGAUACCAUCAUCAGCGAUGCCAUCAUCAGCGAUGCCAUCAUCAGCGAUGCCAUCAUCAGCGAUAUCAUCAUCACCGAUGUCACUAUCAGCGAUAUCAUCAUCAGCGAUAUCAUCAUCAGCGAUAUCAUCAUCAGCGAUAUCAUCAUCAACAUCAUGGAUAAAUUUCUCACAUAUAAUCCGAAGCCAUUUACUAAUUUCAAGAUGUCGUCGAAAAUCGGAAUGUCAUCAUUAA